AAACGCCACCGAUUUUUAAGACUAGAAGUACUGGCGUCAUAACGCCCUGUUGUCCUGAGCAUCAUGAUCUGCGCCUCUUUCCUAUUUAUUCCUCACCUCUUGUUUCUACAGAAGAGAGGUGGCAGAUACACCGAAUGACUCAUGAUUACCGAGAUCGCUCUAACAUUCUGCCUUAUGAUUAUGGCGAGGAGGCGAUGUCCGAACUUCAUGACGAGCAGCAGGCUAUUUCCUACCAUGCGGAGGAGGCCACGCCGGAUCUUCAUGCUGCAGAGGCAGCUCCUGCGCUAGAGGAAAUAACUGGGCCUGCCAUAAGAGAAGAGCAUCAAGCCGGAUUCGCCUCGACUUCAGGAGAAGGCGUGUUCUAUGGUAAUGAGGACUAUCAAGAUCAACGGGAUGAGCAGCAGUACACGAAUUUGACACAGGCUGGCUCUCAUGAAGAUUUUCAGACAAGAAAUGAAGAUCUUCAAAAUGCGAUGAUGCUAAACAGACCAGACAACUUUGGCGGGCACCUCAGCCAAUACCAACACGCUGAGGAUCAUCCGGUGGAAGAAAUAGCGUACGAACAAGAUGUACAACAUCAAGCUCAUGACGAUAGCUAUUACAGCAGGAGUCUGCACGACGCGCAACCACAUCUACUGCAUAGUGAACAAGAUGAGGCCCUUCACCGACCUACAAGCGCGCAUGAUGAUGAAGGCCAUCCUCCGGAUGGUUUUGACAUCAAUGAAGAGAGCGGCACAGCGGGAUCCUCUUCGUCCUCCGCAGAAAGCAGUUCUGAAGAGGUCAGUCCCGAGAAGGUUCCUUCUAAAAUGACAGCAGUUAAGGCAACUAGAUCUCAACUACAACAUCCACUUUUUACACCCGUUUCCGUAUGGACCAUGGCCGCGCGCCCAAAUUCCAUCCUGUUCUUUCCACAACGUGAGGGUUUUUGAAAAAGAAAGUUUCUCUUUCGAAUUAGUACUAGACGAAUAAAGACGUCAGAUAGGAUACAUAGAAGCGGGCCGAAAAAUUGGGCGAGCGCCUACUUGGUUUGAACACUCUAAAACAGGGAGUCGUAGCCCCUCACAUGUUGGAUCGACGAACCGACAAAACUCACAGGAACCACGAGGCGCUAUUAUGACAUGAUUUACAUUUGUUUCAGUGCUUAAAAUCGUAUGAAUUGCUCCACUAACACAUGCUUAUCUAUGCAUGGCUUGAAGUUCGUGGAAUACUAGACGUAGUUCACUUGUACUCCGAGAAUCUCUCUAACUAUUGUUGUAGUUGCACUACCCAAAUAGCCAUUCCACAUGAUCAUCCUCCGUAACUGUUACGUGUGUUAACUGUGAAAUGAUUGUUAAACAGGUGCUGGCUCAGUAAGGUCUUCUACUAUUGAUGCGUUUUCUAUCCAGGUGAGUCUUUCAUGCUGUUCAUCCAGCAUCAUGUUGUUGAUCUGUGAUCGUGCAGUCCAUCCGUCCUGACGCUUUUCAAUUUUUAUGUUGUUCUAAAACGACAAAGGGUGUCGGUAUGGGAGGUUCCUCUGCUUCGCAGAAAGUCUAUUCCGCUGCUGAUGAAGGGACGCCGCCGUUGCCGGAGAACUUUGCACCGGAACCCAGAAGUGUGGAAAGGAAUCCUCAACACCUCACUCCCAGUCAAAGCUCACAACAUUCAUCCCUUUUUAUGGCCAUUGCCGAUUCAUCGAUUGAUUCUUGGUCUCGAGGCUCCUUCUCAAUUCAAGAUCCUUGUAUAUUUUGUGUGUGUGUGAUGUGUGUAGUAUGUCUUGACGAUAGAAGCAUUAAAGGUAAUAGAGUACGUAGAAGAGGAAUUUUACUUCCCUCUACCCAAAAAUCUAAUGCUUCCAGUUCGAGGAAGUAUCCGACACCAAGCGACAUUGACAAGUACACCAUUGACGAAAACGCUGAGGUACGGCUUCGGAGUGAAAUGGACCGACAAGCAUCUGGAGCGGCAGGGAAGGGACAAGAGCAUCAGCUGACUGGUACAAGAGAGGCAUUUCUACAAUCACAACACCAAGUGCACAACCCGAUUUCGUUGUUACGGCUAUCGACCAUAUUUCAAACUCAAUCAACUUCUGUGUAUGUAGAUCGAUGCACACACAUCAUCAUGAUCAGACUGAGUGAUAUUCUUUUUCUUGUGAAACACACCAAGUUCCUAGGAUCUAAGAGAGCUAUCGCUCUUGAAGACGGCGUUCUUUGGAUGGAUGUUCCAAAAUUAUGAGUUGUAUCUGAAAAUAUGUCACAAGCACAGCGACUGCUUUUGCGUCUUCAUUCUUCUAAUCCCUAGCGUGACUGGCCUGAGUCACAUGGUUUUUCCAGUACGUGGAUCUUCGACAGAAACGACGGAUCCCUUGCUUCAGGGCAUCGAUGUACUUCAAGUUACGCUUCAAGAGCAUCCGCUUUAGCGUCGUUGUAUUUUUUCCAAGAUCUUGUAUAAAUAAGUAUUGGAGGUAUUUUUUGUAAAUGUGCUAAUUAUAGUAGAGUACUGUAAGACCGUGGGGACGAUGGUUUAUAUUUUUUGCCGUUCUCUGUUGCUUUUCAAGGGGGAUAGAACAGUGGGCCAGGUCGUGGCAUUUUGAUCGGGAAGGAAAGAGCUAGAGUUUCGCAACUGCCUCUAAUCAAGGCACAAACCUCGGCGCUGCGGAAGUGAAUACAGCAAGAUUGGCGACUCAUAUCGAAGUACCCGAUGAAGAGUUGGAAGAAAAGGUGAAGAGCAUACUAUUAGCUGGCCAGGGAGUUGCGGGGCCGGGAGCACUGCACCAAGAGACGGCCUCAAGCAGUUUAUGAACCCAUUACAAGCUUCUCUUUUCCUUCAGCAGUCGUGGUCCUCCAGGUUCCAAAAUUAUUACUUAAUGAAGUUUGACAAGUGAAGCUAUUGUAGUCGGAAAUGACAGCUGCAGCAAUUCUGGUUUGCUGCAGUAGAAAAGGUGAAACACCAUAGAAACUGACAGCAUUAAAAAUAGCAUUUAGUAUAUUCGCAAGAAAUGUGACUGAAGAAGAUAAUUUCUGUUGACGGGAUCAGUAGCCUAUGAAUCUCUAAAAAUAAGCCAGGUAGGUCUCGGAGGUGCUCCUAGAGCUCGUCUGUACCAAGAAAGUGUCUACUACCGUGGCAGUACUACUCGUGUAGUCAGGCCAUCGGGUAACCAAGACAGACGCGGAGGUGCAGGAGGAGGUCAACAACUUCACAUGUUGCAAGAAGAGGUGGACCAACAAGAGGGCGAUGCGUCUACCUCUAUGAUGAUAGGAGGAGCCUCUAGUUCUAUGCACUCACAAAGACAGGUGCAACAGUUAAGGCUCGUCCCUUGCAAAAUCCAUCUCGAUGCGAAGUAGGUGAGUCUGUUCUUAGAGCAUUCUUAGACUAAGAUGAACAGACUGUGUCAGGAUGGAUGUACGGACGAAGGUCUAAGGUAACACAAUACAACUCAUGAUCAACACCAAGCUGACCAAGAGAGGCAAGCGAUUCUGCAGAAGGAUCAGGCGGGAAAGCAGUUAUUGGCGGCCUUCGACGAAGCCAUUAAGGACACGACUGUGCUGGAAUAGACCAUCUUUUACACCUCAACUUUUUUUUUUUUGCCCGGCAUUUGCCGACGCUCCUUCUUGACGAAGAAGAUGGUACCAAAAGCAAAAUUGUGAAACCUCGCUGCAUGAUCGUGAGGCACAACUACUAAGUAACUAGAAGAAGAUCAAGAUAUCAUCUUCCACUGAAAAAGGAUUAACGUAAAAGAUGGGGUUUUCACUUGCCAUCUUGCUUGGCACUCCAGUUGUUGUAUCUCUAAGGUAGCUCGCAAAUUAGAAACUCUCUCGGUCUGCAGCGACCCUAUACCGGACAUAUCACCAGUCCUCGAGUCUCCAGACAUACAUGAGCAGGACAACCUAGACCCUCUGGGAGGGAGUGGACUGGAGGUAGAAAGUUAUCAUGAACUCAAUUUAGACCCGCUGGGAGGGAGUGGACUGGAGGUAGAAAGUUAUCAUGAACUCACAAUUAGUAGUUCAACUUCAAAGCGAGCAUUGCCUUUAUCAAUUAGGUAAUUUCUCAGAUGUUUUUUUGACAGUAACUACAGAAACCCUUGAUGUAGCUAGUAGGUACGCAGUACUUCGAGUCUCAUUAGUUUCAUAAAUUUGUCUAAGGUAUCUUCUCUCUUGUUGUACCACUAACAGGAUGAUUUGCGCAGUGACACGAGUUCGCUGGAUGAGCUAGAGCUCUUCGGCGAGGACGUUGAGGACCCUCGUCGCUACCUGGAUAGCGUCGAUGUGGUGGAGCUGCAGCGGGCUUUAAAGCACGCCUGUUCGUUACUGUUACGGCUCAAGAUGAUGUAUGUAGAUGUUGCUGUGGUAUUGUUCUUAUGACUACUUAUAUUCAAUAAAAAUGGUGCUGCCAUUUUUGCAUACACUUGGUCGGUAAAUGCCGUAAUCUAGAAUUUGAUUUCUAAGAUGAAUACAUGUAUGAUGGGCCCUCCUAAUGAACCUCGACAGGUAUUCAGUAAAUAUUUGCUAGACCACUACUUUCGUAAGUUAGGAAGGCCCGUCUCCUCGUGCCGAGAGUAAAGCAUGAAUGACUAUGAGAGAAGUGAUGACGAUGUUGCGACUAGAGCUAGACUCCUCUAGUUCGAGCUCUAUUUGCGCUAAUCCGACACACCAAGGACGCUGAGAUUUGCGAACUCAAAGCCUACUCCGAAGACCUUUCAACGAAAUUUGCCGAAAAAACUGACCUCUUCGCACGGAAAUUGGCAGAGGCCGAAGAAAGAGAGCGCGUUCUACUCCGCAGGGUGCAAGAUUAUGUCUGCGAGGAUUCAAAAAUAAGUGAUCUUCCCUCGGACUAUUUUAGGUAUGUUGUUGACCCUUCUAAGACGGGCAAGAGGAAAGCAUGCGCGACAGAAUUGCGCGACUCCAGAUUGAGACAGAAGAGUUGCGCCGUGACCUUUCUAAAGAGGUCGCGGUCUCGCCCGAGAAUGACCAGCUCCUUUCUGAGGCCGUUGUGGGAGGAGGGCGUAGCGGAGAAGGUGGAGAGCAUAUUGUUGAAGGAGGAGAUGGAGAGGGCCGCGAUGCGGUAUAUUCCAUGUUUUAGUUAGUUUUCUUUUUCUAUAUUUUUAUUUUAGGAAUAAUGCGGAGUCAACCCAUCGUACUGUUUGUAUUUCAAUCGUUUCUUGAUCUGCGUGUUAGAGUCCGUCGCUAUGCCUCAACAUCUACACCUUCACCAUAAUGCUCACAAACGAAGAUAUAAUCCCUACCCUUGCUUAAGCACGAUGUACCCCUAGAAUGGGUUUACGACUACUACUACUACUACAGGUUGACCCACAGUCUUGGAAUAGGCUUGCUCAGUGGGUCCAGAAGGCGAAUUUGCAGGAGGCAAAGAAGCUUCAGAGGACCGUGGACAUGCUGUCGGCUUAUUGUUAUGGCCCUUCCGUCCUACUCUUCUACUAGAUAUCGAGCUUCAGGUAACUUGCGAAGCAAGUCUGGAAAGAAGGUGAUGUAAUGAUAGCUUGAGUAGAUUUUCCUAUCGACACGUCUGGUGCCCUCACCAGGAGGCACUGCGCGAGUGUCUAAGAUAGAACACGCAAUAUUGGGGACAGUAUGAUGAUCGAUGAAUAUUUUUUUUGGUUUGGUGGACGCCUGAAAAGACUGUCAUUGGGACGACUUCGAAGGAUAGAAGGUAUUAUUUGGUUGAAGGAGAGCUUGGCUGCAGCUAGUACUGUAGUAAAUAGUCAUUCUCGACGAAAGUCGUGUCGUAUAAUCAUCCUCGAAAGUAGAUGAGAAGAAGACGAGCUCUACUCUAACAUUCGGAGAAGCAGUCGUUGGUGAUCCAGAUUCUACGCGCUUGGGUUGGCUACGUAGGGCCUUUUCGAGCGAUGAAGGCCUUCUUCGUUGAUUUCGGAGCCGUUGAGGCCGUCUGGGAAACUUUAGACAAAUACUAUCAACGGUAUCUAUUUUUCAUCUUUUGAAUCGAUGAGAAAGUCGACCUAGAAAUUAGGCGUAGGCGUUGUAUCUUGUUGGAAAUGUGAUUUUUGCUGGGACCGAUAUCACAGUUAUAGUAGGGGAGGCAAUACAUUUUUCAAGCUAUCAUUUUCUCCUCUCUAGUGCCUCCAAUGUUCGCGAUCGUGAUACGCUUUUUUUUAUAAGUAUAUAGUUUCCUACUUCUUCAAUGUAACUCGUCCCUUUAACCACGAACAGGGCGAAAAGAGAAUCAGAUGCGCAGAGUAAUUCGCCCUCUCACGAACAGGAGCUUGGGGCUCUCAUCGUCAUGCGUUUAUGUUGCGAGCUGCUGUGGCACAUGUCGUAUACCACCGAUGCAAUCCGACGGUUUCCCCAGCAGCCGAUCGAGCGCCUCGUGGAAAUGUGCGGUUUUUCUCUCCUAGCCGAUGACCCAGAAAGCGUACGCGGCUUGCUUGUUAAGGCUGGUCAUAGAUUCGAAGCGUAAGUAUCUAUCUAAGAGCAAGGCUUGCCUGAUAUAUUUGACGUCCGAGUCAUCUCGCAUUCGUCAUCGACAGCUGGUAGCAAAUACUCUGCAAGCGAUUCCGCUUUCCAUGAAUUUAGAAUAAGAAUGUGGUGCAGGAGGGAAUUGAUGAAGGAAGUAGCUGCUUAUACAUACUGCCAGUGUGAAAGUCUUGUGCUAGAUAGUAGUCUGGUCAUAUCAUCUCUAACCUUCGUACGAUUGCAAACUUGAUGAGCCAGGCCGAGGACGCACAGGCCACUUUCCUAGAUGUUGGCGGCAUUCAGUUCCUGAAAAUGUUGGACGAAAGGUAUCCAAGCUUCACCAGCCUCGUCGCCAAUGCAGCAGCAGGAAACGGUCUACUUAUGGAGAUUUUGAUGUGUGUCAGCUAAAGUUUACCCAUACCGAGGAGUGCGACAUAUUUAAAGAUUCGAGGAGGGCUGAAUUCGAAUUCGCUCAGCAGCGGGAUACUUUUAUAUGUACUUAUUUUGUAAGUCGUUUUUGCCUUAUUUACUUUUUGUUUUGUCUACUUUUGUCCCACCCUGCAUGAGUAAAAUUCUUUUCUUUAUUCCUUCGUUUAGCACUAGUUUAUUUCGGCUCAAGAUCGUUGUUAGUUCUAUCUGAGAUAUUAAUCAAGGAAUUCCCCAUCUCCCGUCUUCAUGUUUCCUCCCGCCAUCAACAACGGACGGAAUAAGCUGUCAAGUACGAAGGCACGGUCCAUUGUGGGCACGCAUAUGAUGCAAUGCUUGUACCUAGUCAGCCUCACUUUCCGGCACAGGGUUUUCCAAGAAAAAGGGCAUCUCCUUGCCGAAGGACGCCCAGAGCAGUGGGCCGUGUGGUGUGCCGACCUUUUCAAGAGCCUGGCUAUAUUAUGACAGUCGCUUUACACCUCAGAGCUUGAGGUUGAGCUUUCUAGUCGAUCACGUCGAAGAAUCCUUACACCUAUUAACUGCAGAGUGUGUGAAACUAUUUUUUUUUUGACAUGGAUGGAAGAAGGGCCUCAAGAAAUAUAUCUUUCACCUUGAGAUUGGGGAGAUAAAAUGGUCGUCAUCUUCUUCUCUAACUUUUGUCCACGGAGGUGGAGAGGUGCGAGUCGGGGGAGAGCCGCAUUCUCAGCCUUCGCUCGAUGGUGACCACCCUUUCACGCGAAGACAGGAGGAACAAGCGCUGCAGGACGAUCUUCAAAAGGAUUUUCUAGUGGCACAGGGAAACGAGCGAAGACUAGAAGAGUCCGGCGCCCGACAAAAAGAUGGAGAUAGGUCCAUCCCGCUAGUUGAAAACGUCGCAGACAACGGAAGACAGAGGUUGUCGCCUUUGCAAGAUGAUUUUGAUGAUUCUUUCUCCAAGGGCUUAUCUCUUCAAGAGGCUCCUCAUACCGCGAAUCUUGAUAUUUGAUCCGCACCAACAAUUACAUGGUAAUUUUUACUUACACAUAUUGGCUAGAAGUACAUUUUUAGUUGUUGGACUUCGUUCAUAUGUUGAUUGGAGAAGAUGUCUACUCCAACUUGAUUACGCAUAGCAACUAUUUUUAGUACUUGAGCUUGAUGCUGUAGUAGGAGAAGACUUAGAGAGAGAUGUUUACUCACGGAAGAUGGUGAAGAUAAAAGAUCAAGACAAUGGCCUAUUUACAUUGACUUCGGUCAAGCCACCGUAUUCCAGUCAUUUUUACCAGUAUAACGAGAAUCAAUGAUGAUACUAGCCAAUUUUCAUUAAGGCAGGUCACCCUGUCUCAGCUCCUGCUCACGUUCUACGACUCGAAAUUUCUUGAGUUGGUCCGCACGUUUAGUACCUAGUCUUUUGCUGUUUGUUUUUCAUUCUUGCUGAGUGGAUGUGAUGUGGCGAGCAAUGAAUCGAAAACUUAAAAUAGGCGAGUAGCUACCUGAAAUUAAAGAGGCGCUACACUGUUCCUCUUUCAGUAUCUCGGUUAUUCAAACUAGUAACUUGCUUAUUUCAGUUUUUCGUAUAAUAUGUCAAUUAUUGCCGAACGACGUUACGGUUACUCAUCCGAGGAGGAAGUGCGCCUAGUCGUCUCAACAAAAAACGUUCAACUUAGCUCGUAAAAAGGACUUUUGAAUCUUUCGUCUAGAUACCUCAUGUCGAUCCAUCUAUCUUUCUUUUUCAAAAAACGCAUCUCUUUCGUGAAAAGAUCGUCCUGUCCUGGAGGACGACGCGGAGCUCUCUUUUCUGGCGGUUUCCCCUCACACUCGUUCUCGGGUGCUCCCGAAGGGAAAUCCCGUGCUGGGGUUGGCUACUAUGAGGAUAAAGAGGUUGUAUCUAUAAUUAGUCAUCUUCAAGUUCGAUUUCUUCUUUCGUACGCGAGCAGAGUGUAUACCGAACCCGCAUUUUUCUUUUUAUGAUUGUCCCCAUCCUGGUCAAUCAGCAUCCCACGUGACACCACAACUGCGGUUCUGACGAACGCUAACCAGACGCACAGAGACAGGGCGAUAAAAUCAAUGUAGAGGCGAGAAGGGGCAGCAGCAAAUCAGAAUCAGAUUGAUGACGCACGCAGAUUUAGCUGGCGUCGUAUGUUGUUGUAAUGAUAAAGAGAAGUUGUAGCGCAAGAACAUCAACUGGCCUCAACCAAGCUGGAUAGUUCAGAAUUCCGGGUCAGAGGUUUCGUGGUGAGGUGAUGUGACGAG